UUUCAUUAUAGAAAAUUCUAAUUGUACACAAGUUGUUAAAUUUUAUUAACAUAAUUUUUAUAACUUUAAAUUCCCUUAUUUGAAUUCUUCACUCCGCUACACUAUUUAUUACUCCUGUCCAAAAGAAAAAAAAAAGAUGAAGCUAUAGAUGUCCAACCGUCCGAACGCGUCAACACAAUCCAACACUCCCAAAAGAUCAUUCGAAGCUCUCUCUCACCGCUCCCUCCUCAAAUAUAUAUAUAUAUACCCUCCAUUUCCAUACUCUACAUUCUUGCAGCUUCCACCAUUCUUUUCAUCACAAAAAAGCUAAGAAGAAAAGAAUUGAUGUUAUAACAUACCAUUUAUCUAUAUAUAAUACAUCUAUGUUCAAUGGUUGGUUUUGCCAAAAUGGGUUGGCUUAGUUCCGUCAACAAUAAUAAGAGUUCAAAAAUAGCAGAUGAUGUGAAUAAAAUGGGAAUCUUGGCAUUUGAGACGGCGAAAAUCAUGUCAAGAUUGCUUUGUUUAUACAAGUCUCUUUCAGAUUCCGAGAUAUCGAAGCUUAAAAAGGAGAUGAAGUCACGCGGGGUGGCUUAUUUGAAUUCAAAAGAUGAUGGAUUUCUUUAUAGCCUUGCGUGUGCUGAGAGGCUUGAAGAUCUUGAUAAAGCCGCGGCGGCCGUGGCUAGAUUAGGCCAUAAGUGCUCUGAUUUUGGCCUAAAUCGUUUUGAUCUUGUAUAUACGGAUCUAAAACUGGGGAUUAUUGAUUUUGGGAAACUGGAAUAUGGGUCGAAGGAGAUUGAAAAAAGAGUUGAUAAAAUGGAGAAACUGAUCAAUGCGACCUCUGGAUUGUAUUCAGCGUUGGAGAAUUUGACGGAGCUGGAGAUUUCAGACCGUAAAAUGAAACAGUGGAAGGAAAGAAAAGCGUCAGGGCAGUUGCAGAAAGUCAAUCUGGACAUGCUUAAUCAGAAACUUGAACAGCAGAGGAAACAAGUCCGUCAAUUUAGGGAGAUUUCUUUAUGGAAUCAAACUUUUGAUAAGAGCGUUGGUCACAUGGCGCGGAUUGUUUGCAUAAUAUAUGCUCGAAUUUGCCUUGUUUUCGGGCCUUAUAUUCCUGUUCUCCCCUCUCUUUCGUUGCGCAACAUGCGUGCAUCUCAGCAGAAAGAGAUUAUCAAAGUCCAACCUGAGAAUUGUUUGAUUGAACCAAUAAGGGAACAGGUCAUUUCGCGGUCAGGGCCAAUUCCCACCACGUCUAAGCCUACAUUGGUUCGAUUUUACAGCAGGAAAUCGAUAUUUUUCUUAUGUGACGAUGAAGGUUUUGGAUCAGAAAAAUUGGCAAAAAACAACAGGGUGUUUCACGCAGCAGGGCCUUUAACCUUGGGUGGUUCAGGGCUCGCGUUGCGUUAUGCUAAUGUAAUCUCAUUAGUAGAGAAAUAUUCGAAUCCAUCUGAAACUGUAGACCUGAAUUCACGAGAAAAUUUGUACCAAAUGUUGCCUGGAAACCUGAAGAAAACAGUGAGAUCAAAAUUGAGCAAGAAUUUGAAGUGUAUGGAUGAGGACGAGUCGUUAGCUGAGGGAUGGAGGGAUGCAUUGAAGCAAAUCAUGGAAUGGCUAGCACCAAUGGCUCAUAACACCAUAAAUUGGCAGCUAGAACGGAAUUUAGAGAAGACAAAGUUCGAUAUCAAGCCUUCCGUUUUGUUGCUUCAGACAUUGCAUUAUUCGGAUAAAGAGAAGACGGAAGCUGCCAUUGCUGAUAUUCUAGUCGCGUUGAGUUGCAUUUACAAGUGUGAGAAUCGACAAUGGAGCGAACCAUGAUUCGUGAUUUUUUUUGAAAAAUACUGGUGAAUUUUUUCCAUCAUGUAGUUAGACCAUGGCACAAAUUACCUAGGAUUCAUUGGGCUGUGGAAAAGUAAUCACAUUUUUUUUAAUACAAAUACGUACAAUUUUUGGUUCACUUUUUCCAGCUUUCCUAUUUUUUUAGCAGGGUAUCUGCAACAGUUUCAUGCUGAUAAGUAUGUAUAAAUGAUAUCAUUUCUCAAGGUUUUGAUUUAUGAUUAAUUCACUUUUUCCUUGUGUUAAUAUUGAAUAUAUAUACCUACGAGAAAGAAAUCAUCAUUUCCAAAUUGUUCUGCAUAGUUACUGUAAAUGAUGAAUAAGAGCCGAGCCACGAGUACCAGUUAUUAGUAUCAAACGCUUAUCAUCGUGUCAAAAGCUAUAUACCAUAGCAAGAGGGUCAUUUUAUUUCUUAAAGCCCAUCAAGCAAACAUUAUAUAUGUUCGACCAUGACUCCAACCUAGACCAUCAUUAGGGCCUCGUCAGUCGUCAUAUGCAGGAUGUUGGGGUCAUGCAACACAUAUUAUGCUUAUGAAUAAGAAAAGAUUCAGAAAGAAAAUUACAUCUUCAAAACAUAGAAACCAAUCCUUACAAGUUACAAACACCAAGUGAAACAGUGACACAAUACAUAAAACCAAACUUUUUAGGUAACAAUCAAAACAAAGACUCAGAGAAAACAACGAUUCUAU